AUGGAGGGUCUGCGCAGUGGCCGGGCGGGCCGGGGCUCGCCUAGGGUUUGCGAAGGUCUUACCGAGGGUUUAGGGUUCGCUGCUGCUGCUGCUGCUGCUGCUGCUGCUGCUGCUGCUGCUGCUGCAGGGGAGCGCCCGCGGCCUGCUGCGGACUCUGAGGAAACGAUGAAGAGUUUGCUGCGGGAAAGGAACUUCGGGACUUUUUGCAGAAGUUUUCAACUGCCGCCAAAUGCAAUAGAAGAUGCAAUAAGUGCAGUUUUUGAAAAUGGAGUUUUAUUUGUUCGAAUUUCCACAAGUGACCCCAAGGCCAGUUCCGAGAAGAAGACAGUCAGCAUCGACUGA